GGCAAGAGGAAGGAAGAGGCGGUGAGGACGGGCGCCCUGGAGGCUGGCAGCUUGGAGGCCGUCCUUGCUGGUCCCAGCCUCGCUGGCUUUCUCCAGCCCCCUCCUUGUUGCCCGGGGAUGUGGAGAGCGGCCAGCGCUGCUGGCACAGGCUUCAGGCGCGCAUGCGGCCGGCCACCCCGCGCCCCCUCCCUGCCCCCUGCCCAGGCCACGCGGCUGCUGCCGCACUUCCUGCCUGCUCUGCGGAAGCCAACCAGGCAGGGAGCCUCCGCCAGGAGUUCAUUGUCUGCGCCAUGCAGGCCGGUCACAGGUCCCCCAGGGAGCGCUGUGGACGUCCUCACAGUGUGCCAGGCUUCUGUCCUGGAUCCAGAGCCCAGGUGUCUGCUAUGCAGAAGCUGAAAACAAACCUCACUGAGAACGCUGAGAACCCUGAGAGCCAGGAAAUGGAACUGUUAACAUUUAUGGAUAUAGCCAUUGAUUUUACUGAAGAGGAGUGGGAGUGCCUUCAGCCUGCUCAGAAAAAAUUAUAUAGAGAUGUGAUGCUAGAGAACUAUAGAAACUUGGCCUUCCUGGCCAUGACUCCUAAUCAUAUCCAAGAAUAUUCACCAGAAAAGGGCCUAAAACAUAUAUUUCAUGAAGUGAUAAGUGCAAAAUAUACAAGUUGUGAUCUUGACCAUUUCCCACAAAAGAAAAUAUGGAAAACUACAAGUGAGAGUGAAUACCAGAAAUCAUAUAAAAACUCAGGCCUUGUUCAUCCCCAGAGAAUUUAUAUGGAGGAGAAGCCCUACAAAUAUAAAGAAUGUUGCAAAGCUUUUAGUAAUAAAAAAGGUCUUAUUUACCACAGAGGAAACCACAAUGGGGCAAAGCCCUACAAAUGUAAAGAUUGUGGCAAAGCUUUUAGUCAAAAAUCAAACCUUAUUCGCCAUAGGAGAACUCACACAGGAGAGAAGCCCUACAAAUGUAAAGAUUGUGGCAAAACUUUUGGUAGAAAAUCAGUCCUUAUUUGCCACAUCAGAACUCACACUGGAGAGAAGCCCUACAAAUGUAAAGAUUGUGGCAAAGCUUUUGGUCAAAAAUCACACCUAAUUUGCCACAGUAGAACUCACACUGGAGAGAAGCCCUACAAAUGUAAAGAUUGUGGCAAAGCUUUUGGUGAAAAAUCACACCUUAUUUACCACAGCAGAACUCACACUGGAGAGAAGCCCUACAAAUGUAAAGAAUGUGGCAAAGCUUUUGGUCGAAAAUCAAACCUUAUAUGCCACAACAGAACUCACACUGGAGAGAAGCCCUACAAAUGUAAAGAAUGUGGCAAAACUUUUGGUCAAAAAUCAGACCUUAUUUACCACAGCAGAACUCACACUGGAGAGAAGCCCUACAAAUGUACAGAAUGUGGCAAAACUUUUGGUAAAAACUCAGUCCUUAUUUGCCAUAUUAGAACUCACACUGGAGAGAAGCCCAACAAAUGUAAAGAUUGUGGUAAAGCUUUUGGUCAAAAAUCACACCUUAUUUACCACAGGAGAACUCACACAGGAAAGAAGCCCUACAAAUGUACAAAAUGUGGCAAAGCUUUCAGUAAAAAAUCAUACCUUACUUGCCACAUCAGAACUCACACUGGAGAAAAGCCUUACAAAUGUAAAGAAUGUGGCAAAGCUUUCAUUUUAAAAUCAGUCCUCAUUUGCCACAGAAGAACUCACACUGGAGAGAAGCCCUACAAAUGUAAAGAUUGUGGCAAAGCUUUUGGUCGAAAAUCAAACCUUAUUUGCCACAAUAGAACUCACACAGGAGAGAAGCCGUACAAAUGUAAUGAUUGUGGGAAAGCUUUUGGUCAAAAAUCACAGCUUAUUUACCACAGCAAUACUCACACUGGAGAGAAGCCCUACAAAUGUAAAGAAUGUGGCAAAGGUUUUGGUCGAAAACCAAACCUUAUUUGCCACAGGAGAACUCACACUGGAGAGAAGCCCUACAAAUGUACAGAAUGUGGCAAAGCUUUUGGUAGAAAAUCAGUCCUUAUUCGCCACAUCAGAACUCACACUGGAGAGAAGCCCUACAAAUGUAAAGAUUGUGGUAAAGCUUUUGGUCAAAAAUCAAACCUUAUUUAUCACAGCAGAACUCACACUGGAGAGAAGCCCUACAAAUGUAAAGAUUGCAGCAAAGAGUUUGGUCAAAAAUCAGAACUUAUUAACCACAGAAGAACUCACAGUGGAGAGAAGCCCUACAAAUGUACAGAAUGUGGCAAAGUGUUUGGUCGAAAACCAGAAUUUAUUAAACAUAGAAGAACUCACAGUGGAGUGAAGCCCUACAAAUGUACAGAAUGUAGCAAAGCUUUUGGUGACAAAUCAAACCUUACUCGCCACAGCAGAAUCCACUGUGGAGAGAAGCCCUACCAGUGUAAGGAAUGUGGCAAAGCUUUUGGUCAAAAAAUAGACCUUAUUAACCACAGCAGAACUCAUGAAGAGAAGCCCUACAAAUGUAAAAAAUGUGGCAAAUUGUUCAGUCAAAAAUCAUACCUUAUUUGCCACAACAGAACUCACACUGGAGAGAAGCCUCACAAAUGCAAUGUAUGCGACAAAGUUUUUACUCAAAUUUUACACAUUAUUUGCCACAGGAGCAUUUACACUGGAGAGAAGCCUCACAAAUAUGAGGAAUGUGGCAAAGCUUUUAGCAAUAAAAUAGUCCUUAUUCACCACAACAGCACUCACACUGAUGAAUAGCCCUACAAAUGUGAAUAAUGUGGAAAAGCAUUUAAUAAAAAAUAAAAGUUUAUUCACCACAGCAGAAAA